AUGGAUCUGGGACGUGUGCUCGGCUCGACGGGAAAGCAGUUGUUAGAUAGGGCACAAACUACCCUCAUCUCCUUGGGCACGGCUGCCGUUCCUAAAUCUACUCUCACGACGGGGGAGAAUGGAGAUUUGGUCAAGGGAAUGGAGGACACAAAGGAAGCAUACAUGUCGAGAGCGAUUCAUUCUGGUUCCGUGUCCUUGUAUCGGCAGACCUUCACACGCGAGCGAGACCCCGCUCACGGCUCGAUUCCCCAGGGCUUUGCCGACUCCUUCAUGUUGGAAGAAUUCUCGACCCCAGACCUGAUGGCACUGAUGGAGCUCUUCAUCGAAAACGGACAGCACCUAUCCAACCUCAGCACCACCCCGUAUCGAGCUGUCUCCGCCAUCUCUGAUGUGCUCUUCCGCACGGUCGACACCGGCACCCUCAAGAACGCCAGUCUGAACAUGACCGCCGCGUACGACCUCUCUAACGGGAUGUUCGAAGCAUUCCUCUCCCCGGACAUGAGUUACUCCUGUCCGAUCUGGCUGCCCCGGUCGCAUCCGCAGUACGCGGACGACACUUUGGAGGCCGCGCAGAUGCGCAAGCUGGACCAACUGCUGGCGAACGUGCACGCGCAGCCCACGGACCACCUCCUGGAGUUCGGCACAGGCUGGGGCAGCAUGGCGAUCCGCGCGGCGACGACGAUCGGCUGCCGCGUGACGACCUGCACGCUCUCCGAGAUGCAGUACCAGCGGGCGCAGAAGCGCGUGCGCGCCCUAGGGCUCGAGGAGAAGGUCACGGUGCUGCUGUGUGACUAUCGCCUGCUCCCAGUGCCGGAAGUGCCCUACGACAAGAUCGUCGCCGUGGAGAUGAUGGAGGCGAUGGGGGAUCAUGAGCUGCAGACCUUUUGGGAGACAGUGGAUAAGCUCCUCAAGCCAGAUGGCGGCAUCGUCUCGAUUCAGUCGAGUAUUAUGCCGGAGUCGCGAUAUAAGAAUAUGUUUCCCAAGGGCGAGGGGUUCAUUCGUCGUUAUAUCUUCCCCGGAGGUCAUUGCCCCAGUGUCACCAGACUGUUGGGAGCAGUGCAAAAUUCCAAUGCUCGACUCGACCUAGACUCUGUACAGCAAUAUGGCGCCCACUAUGUGAGAUGUCUCAACGAAUGGAGUAGGAAGUUCCAGCACAACUUUCGGGGCAUCAUUGCCCCCCUCAUGCGAGAAAAGUAUCACCUAUCGGAAAACGACGUGGAUAUCUUUUAUCGGAAAUACACUUACUACUUUGCGUAUACAGCGGCUGCAUUCGAUACGAAGGUUUUGCACCUCUCCCACGUCACUUUCAGCCGGCCUGGCAACGUGGCGAUGUUGGCAGAGGUUUAG